AUGCUCUUGCCAUUUUACGACCAGCACACUCCUCCUGAGCACCCUUAUUUGCGUGCCUCUUCAGCGUAUUCAGCCUUGGUGCAGCUCUACGUGAGAUCAGACCAACUGGACACGGCAUACACACGAUUCCGACGUUUCGGAAACGUAUCCCCCAUGUGUAUUAGCGGAUGCGAUGCACUUGAAACAGUCCAUCAUGUUUUCGUUUCAUGCCCUGUAUAUCAUUCCUUCCGCCAACACGCUGCUCAAACACUCAUCACAGAGACAUCUCAUGUCCUGGACUCUGCAGAAGUACCUCUGAUGAUUUGCAGGGCAUUUCUUCAUACUGUCCAACGUCUCUUUGAAGACGGCCCGGUAUGGCCCCAAUCGGUGUCUCGCUUCUACCUCGGUCUGACGCCAUCCUUGCCCGCACUCCCAGGACUAGAGGGAGAGAAAGUAAACCGGGCGUUGGUUCGCAUCUCUCAUACUUGGCAUACAACGUGCAUACGUCUGGCCGGCAGAAUCUGGGCUGGAUACAAGCGAAGAGUACGUCCAGCCUCAGCCAAUAACAAUGCCAACACUGUAGCCAUACAGUUACAGUCCUUUUUAUCUCAUAUCUCAUCUUCUUGA